GACGUAGCAAGCACUGUCAACAUACCGGGUUGAUACAACUGUAUACUCGGUGUCAGAGAGAUGGGGCCUACAAUGAGGCCUGAUGGAGCCUUAUAAUCUGACUUUGGAACAGGUCACUUUUGACGAGAGGGACCUGUCUCCUAAUCAGGAGUUAGACUCUUUCAGUAACGUUGUGUGCUUCGACUCCGAAUUCGGUGAGAAACAAAAGCCAGAACCUUCAUCACCGUCUACUUCAUUCAUAACUGAAAAUUUCACUAGUCCUAAAAUCAAAAAGACUCCAGUCAAACGUUCCAGACUGCCAGCAGCAGAAAGUACUCUGAGGGAAGAAUCAUUCCUUGGAGGUGACAAUCGCUCAACAUCUGGUAGAUUCGACCCUGAGGAAGCAGGCAUUAUACCGAUAGACUACCAGCUUCACUUUGAUGAUCCAAUUGUGCAUUCACCUGUUAGCGGCAUAGUAACCAGUCCUUUUGCUCAAAAGCAUUUAGAUUUUCUCAGGAGCACUCCAACCAAAGACUUUCCAGUUCCUGCAGUGCAAGAAGCUGUAGAAAUAAGCGAUUCACCUGCAGAACCUUCAUCAGAAGAACUUACUGAAUCCGACUCGGCUAUUGCUGGUCUUCUAGCACUCGAUCCAAAACCGCGCAGGAAAUACAGAUCUGCGAAAGUCCACUGCUCAGGGUAUCAGCCACUGGACCUGCCCACGGUCAAUCAGAUAUUGGGCCGGCUCAUUAGUGAGGCCAAACUACAGAUGUCUGCUGAGAUGGAUCUUCCUAGCGAAGGUGGGGGUGACCCGGAUAACCAAGAUUCCUUCACAGCAUUCUCGUCCACUACGGAAGCUUUAGCGUUACAGAAGUCUGUCAUAGGCAAUACGAGCUUGGCGCCGGCAUCGGCUGAUGAGAUUGCCAGAAUCAUAGCCCUAACACAAGCCCAGUUGCAGCUCAACACCAGUGAUGGUGCAGAUGGAGAUACUGCGUCUCAGGCUGGGAUGGAGGUUAUUUCCCCAACAGCUUCAGCAUCCAGUGAAUUUGGUGCAACAAAUGGUGAUCUUGACGAAGGGUCCAUAAACGACACAGACUCCAACAGUAGUGGACUUAUCCGCAUCCCAGCUGCCGAAAUGAUGAUUACCAACACUAAAGGAGAUGGGAAGGUCUAUCGGGAACCUACGGCCGAUAUUAAAGCAAAAUUGAAAGCAAAAGCCCGUGCAAACAGUAAGGCUAAGGCUAAAAGGGAAAAGAAGGCUGAGAAGAAAGGAGAUGAUAUGGAUAGAGUGCCUGUUCGAGAGAAUUCGAGUUUUACUGACUCAUCUCAGACUUUGUCCCCUAAAUCUAGUCGGAAGACUCCUGUUAAAACAAACUCUGAAGAUAGAUCUAGUGGGAAUGAUGGUGGUGGUGAUACUGCCUUGAAUAAUCAGCCUGCGGUUGAGAGAAGUGCAUUUGUUUCGCAUGGGGCAUUAGGGGACCAGGACGCGGGUGCAAUCGGUACACAGGGUGCUGGGGACCGAAUGCCAAGAGCAUUUAAGACUGUUGAGGUUGGGUUAGGUGGGAAGAGGGAACACAGCACUGGCCACACACCGCCAGUAAAGGACCCAGGAUUUCAACCUAUUGUCAAUCCGAAUGACUAUCCUUUAGACGAAGCUUUGAAAGUUAUAGCAGAGGUGCGGGGGAAGGAUUCUGGGACUGAUUUGCAGCAAAAGGUUAUGGCCGAGAUUCAGGGGAAGGAUUCUGGCAUUGAUAUCCAGCAGAUGGAAAGGAGUGACGUUGUCGAUCGGAAUGAGCCAGAUGUGCAACCAAUCCCAGUGAGUACCUCUACGCCUGCUACAACACCAGGAAAGCGGGCUCCAGGUGGUGCGGACAUGAACCGUUUUGGUCAGGAACGCAGCUAUGGUCUUGGCUUAUUUAACGUGAGUGGUGGAUUUUUGAAUCGAAAGCCUGCGAAGGAAAGGAAUGGCGAGUUGGAUAGAGUGUUACGUGAGAAGGCUCAUCUUGAAGGACAGAUUGAAAUGUUGAAGUUGGAGGCUUCAUCGGCGGUGCGUGAGCGUGCAGAGCUGCAGGCUCAGCUUGGUGCCUUAAAAUCACAGCUUAAAAACCAGUUGACUGGGAGUUCAGGUGCCUUCAAAGAUAGAGACAUCCUCCUCGGUGAUAUCAGAACUCUGAAACAGAGACGUGAUGAGCUUGAACAUAACAUCUCACAAAUCAAGAAGUCAUUAGAUGAGAAAAACACUGAAAAUCAGACACUUUCGGCCGAUCUGGAUUUGUCAAAAUCGGCAAAUGACAAACUGCAGGAGAAGAUUGUCGAGUUGCGCGGUGAGAUUCAGAUGCGUGAGACAGUAAUUCAGGAAUUAAAAACCAAGAUUCUCGAUAUCAACCAGGACUUGCAAAGUGUGCGGCAAGAGAAGCGACAGAGUGAGAAUGAGAUUCGGUCAAUACAAAACGAGAUUGGUGCCUUGACCAAAACCAAGGAUUGGUACCAGCAGCAGCUGAAGGCAGCCCAGGAGGCUCGGGCGCAGCUACAGAAAGAGCUCUCCAAGAACCAAUUGAGCAUCAUGGAGCAGGCAAACCAGAUUGAGAGACUGAAGUCUGAAGGGAGUCAGGUUAAGUUACAGCUGUCUGAGACCCAGCAGAAGGCCUUACAGGAGAAAGAGUUGCUGUUUGAUAACUUGGAGAGGAUCCAGGCUGAUAUGUUAGAACGUGAGGCGACGAUGCAUCAGAUGGAGAACCAGGAACGAGAUGUGGAGGAGACACUGCAGCAAAGGAUACAGAGGGUAGAAGAGGAGAAGUACAAACUUGCUCAUUUGGUGUCCACGACAGGCGACCUCGAGCAGGAGUUGCUGAAGACAAGACAUGAGUUGGAACAGAAGGAGUCACAGGUUGGUUUGCUGGAGCAAGAGCAUACAGAGAUGUUGAAGAAGCUAACGCUUUCACAAGAGAUGAUUGCACAGGGUCAAAAAGAUUAUGAGACUUUAGAAAUUAAAUUUGUUGAAGCAGAAUCCAGGUUGAGGGAGUUCAAGAGUACGUUUUCCGACAAGGAUCAAGAGAUUUUGACCUUGAAAGACCAGAAAGCUGCUUUAGAGGUGGCACUGUCUGCUGCUAAUGAAGAGAAGCGUUCUAUCGAUGAGGCCUUGUCCAUGUUGCGACAAGACAUGGGACGGGUUGAGUCGACAUUUCGUGACAUGAAGCAGGAGAUGAAUAAGAAGGCUCUUCAGUUGGAGAAGGUAGAAAAGGAGAAGGGUAAUCUCACGUCGGAGUUGGAUCAAACCAGGGAGGAUUUGAAGCUUCAACAAAAAUCGUUCGAUGAGUUUAACAGCUCAAUAUCGGAUCGGUUUGUUAUGGUGAAUGAACUUCAGGAGGAGAAACAGAGGUUAGAAACGGAGACGGAAUCUUUGAAACGUGAGCUGCAGACUCUGAACGAAUCAUUACAGAGUCUUUCCCAGGAGAAAUCCCUUGUUGAGACUGAGUUGACGAAAGCUGAGGAACAGUCAACAGAGCUGGGAGGCCACUUGAAUAAAGCUUUGGAGGAGAAAGCAAUUUUGGAGAGCAGGAUCGAGAGUCUUUUAGCAGACCAAGAGAAACAUGCAGCUGUUAGCCAGGAGAAUGAGACCUUGAAAUCUUAUGCCACUGAGUUGCAGACCAAAGCUUAUGGUGAGAUCAUGCGAUAUCAACAAGAGGUGCAGAGACUGACACUGGAGGUCGACAAGGCGCAGAAUCUAUUUACUGAGAAUGAACAGGUUCAUGGCGAUGAUGUUGCGGCCUUGCUGGUGAAGUUAGAAGAGUCAGUCAUGGCGCAACAGAAGGCUGAGACUGAGAUGGUGGAGCUGAAUCGUAAGAUUGCUGAAGGAGAGCUGGCCAGUAAAGAGGAGGAACAUCUCAGAGACCAAGUACAGUCUCUUCUGGAAAAGGUAGACCUCCAACAGCAGAAGAAAGCCGCACUUGAGGCUGAACUGGAUAACGCCCGAGAGUCAAGUCGGGAGGAGGUGAGACUGCACCGUGAGAGGAUCACCCAGCUAGAGCAGCAGCUGCAGCAGGCUGAGGAGCUCUUCCUCCAGCAACAAGAGGCACAGGAGGAGAAUAGGCAGCUGGCUCUUGACUUGGAGAGAGAGAAAGGGAGACUGGCUGGUGUGCUCCAGAGCCAUGCAGCCCUCAAACGGCACACGAGUGAGCUUGAGGGUGCCUUGGCUGAGAAGGAGUCAUCCAUUGUGGAGGUGUCGGCCAGGACCCAGAGAGAGCUAGAGGAGGUGGCUAGGCUUGCUGAGAUGAAGGAAGCUAGGAUGCUUGAACUUGAGGGAAACGUUGACAAGGAGAAGGGAAAUGUAAAGGAUUUUAAGUUGCAGGCUGCAAGUGAAAAGCUCAAGUACAGCAAACUUCGGAACCAAAACGAAGCCUUGAAACUAGACUACGAACAGCUCAAGAAGGAAAUCGAACUUUCCAAAUCCGACUACGAGAAUCUGAAAAAGAAUAUCGACAGUGGUCAGUCAGGGGAGAUGAAGUAUAAAGCUGAGUUGGACACUUUGAGAACAGAGUACAGGAUCUGUCAAUUGGAGGUGGAGAGUCUGCAGAGACAGCUGUCUCAGAACACUGAGAAAGGACCAGUCAUUGAUGAGACUAUUCGGACACUACAUUGGCAAAUAGAACAGAAGGACCAAGAGGUGAAAGGUCUCCGCGAGCAGCUCAGCCUGGCCGAGGAGAGGCAACAGCUUGAGGUGGACAAUGUGAGGAAAGCACUGCAAAAUAACAAGGAAGAGGUGGAUAAACUGAGAGCAGAGCUGAGUCAGACCAGGAAGGAGAAGUUCACGUAUCAAGCCAAGUUGUCUGAGCUGAGAGGAGCUGUCAAAGCUAGUCUUAAGGGUAAGAAGGGUAAAGAAGAUGGUGGCCUCACGCCAGGGAAGGAUGAGUCAUGCCAAGCCAACGAGGAGGACUUCUCAUAUACGUCAGCUUUGUCCAUCGUAGAGAAAAUACUACAGGAUAACUCACUGCCAAGUUAUAACAGCAAACCUCUUGCUGCCCUUGAGACCUGUCUUGGGUCUCUGCGAUCAGAGAUGACCAACCUCCAGAAGCAGAUUGAUGACCAUACAAUGGCUGUGUUUAACUCAACCCAGUCAUGGAGACAAGUUGAAAGUCACGUGGCGGACUUGAAGAACUUGUGCAAGAGUCACAAUGGAGAGGCAAGUUCUGAUGAACUUCAGGCCAGUAGUCAGAGAGCUGAACAAGAAAUCCAGAAACUCGUCGCAAAUGACAUGAGGAGUAAAUCAAAGCAACGACAAAACAGGACAAUAGAUGUGUAGUUAAGAUGGAUAGCCAUUGUUCAAAAAAAUGAGAAACAUCAGUUUUUAAUCUUGAUGAAUUUGUCACGAAUGUUGUGGGAAAUUAUGUAAGGAGAGGUCAUAAAAACAAGACGUUUGGCAUGAUAUCAUAAGUUAGCAAUCUCUGUGUAAUUUCGUUGUUGCAUCCUUGAAAAGGCAUCAUAAAAUGAAAAAUUGUGAUAAGUUAUUGAAGUUUGAUCACGAUGUGCCAAUACCUUGCAUCACAAUACAGCUGCCUACUUGUAGAUAUGUAGAUAUGUGGUGAUAUAAAGAUCACAAAGCGCUUUGACAAGUUUUCUUUGUAUUGCUAUAAAAUGAUAGCAAAUUUCUUUACUAUUGUAUGUGUUAGAAGGGCUGGUGUUGACCUCACAAUUGCCAAAGGUGGUUUAGUGAUAUAAAAACACUUUGAUGUGUCUGAAAAGUUUUCGCCAAACUAUUAACAUCCAGGCUGGAUCAGGAUAGAAUUCUCUCACAAUUAAAUUGCAGUUUAGUGAAGAGAUUGGCCUCAUGUUUUCGCAUAGCUGUCGUUUCCUGGUUUGUAUCAGUAUGACUCGGCUCCUUUUGGUGAAGGCUUGGUGGUCAUCUUCGUUAAAAGUUGGUCUGCCAUCCAUGUGCUAAAAUUAAGUGUAUUUUCGACUGCCAAAAGGUUUGCAUUGAUGAAAAUUGGUCGUUUUUAUUGUUUUAAUAGCUUGUUUGAACUUGAAGUGCUGUGAAACCUCUUGACUGCAAUGCUGGUUUGGUAUGGUAAUUACAAUGUAGCAGUUUUGUGUCCAGGGGAGGGUAAUAAAUCAUGUGCCUAUUUCAAGAAUUUGGCUUCGGUGAUCCCUUAAAAGGUGCGUAAUAAAUCUGAGUGUUGUCUGGAGUAGGGCUCUCUCAAUCUGGCUAAGUUAGGACCUCCAACAAUAUCUUUUAGUAAGCCAUUGUUUGUUGGAAGACUUGGUGUAGGUUCCUCCUAAUACUGUCACACCAGCUAUUACUUGCUGUGAUUUAACAUUUCUAUCCAAAUGGUCUGGUUUCAUUGUAAAUCUCGCUAUAACCAAAUAAUGUUGAUAACCAUGAUGCUUUAUUUAUUUGCACUGUAUAACCUUGUUAAUAAGUCAAUAUUAUUGCAUGUAGUAUUAUAUUUAUAUAGGGAUUUGUGCAUCAUAACAAUUGAAGAAUAUAUAAUGGGUGAUGUUCUUUGAAACCUCCGAAAAAGUAUUCUCUCGGACUGUUACCUGGUGCGCGUGUGGUGUCAGAAAUCAGAGAGAGGGGGUAUCUGCAGUUUGAGGGACUGUGCAUUUAUACUUAGACAGUAUCAAAAUCUGGUGUGCAACGGUAUUCUUCAGAACUUCUUCAACAUUCCACUGUCUUGUGCGCUCAUCAUUGUAUUAAAUUGUCUUGACAUUUACCCGAGUUGAAUUUCAAAAAGCUUCCUUUCCAGUCAUGGUUUGAAGUCAAAAGGACUUCAUGGACAGUGCCUGAUCAACACCUUUCUGCAGAAAUGCAGAAACCGCAAAUAAUGUGUACAUGUUAGCAAAUUUAAUCAUUUCAGAAACCCACACAUGCAUGUUGAUCCAACCUGGAAGGUGGAGAACAUUUGAAGUUAGCAGUCCUUUUACAUGUAACUAUCAAGAAGAUUUUUUUAAAGGGGAGUUCUUGUGGAACAUUGUGAAGUUUCAGCCAUCAGAAAUUCCUAGCAUCAUCAUUUUUGUAUCAAGCGUGAUAGAAGAACUCAAAGGUACAAUAUAAUACUCUGAUCGACCUUUAGUCGGAAUGUGAAUAUGAAUUUUAGAUGGAAUGAAGAUUCAGUGAAUUUCUGAAGGCGGCAAUUUCUUGUGUGAUUUCCCUUUUAAAACCUGUUAAGAGGUGUGAUGAUGUCCUUGUAAACCCAGUAUGGUCAUCCCUAAGUGUAUGUUAAAAGUAUGGAAUGUGAGUUUCUACAUCAAGAUACAAAGUGUAUGAUGAGGCCAUUAUAAAUAAAGAUAUAUUUUAUA